AAUUUAGCUUCUGCCACUGUAGGCAAUGUGGCAUUAAAAGAAGGAGCUUAAGUUAUUAAACUGAGCUGCUUUAAUCAUCCAGUUCAGGGAAAUCCAUUGCUACAGGAGACCUGAGGAUUAAUGUAUUUUUACCGCAAAGCCAAUACAUCUAUUCUGAUCAGUUAGCGGUCGCUCACUCGUGCAUAUGAAACUUCAUUCUCUGGGUUUGCACUCAAUAGUAUGGGACCAAAUGGAGUUUUAUUUGGAGAUUGAUCCCGUUACCUUGAAUCUCAUCAUUCUGGUAGCUAGUUAUGUUAUUUUGCUUCUGGUUUUCCUGAUCUCCUGUGUGCUCUAUGACUGCAGGGGGAAGGAUCCAAGCAAGGAAUAUGCUCCCGAGGUCCCUGCAGACACCCAGCCUCCAAUCCGGCUGGUGGUGAUGCAGCAGGGCUCCCCCAGCACCCGCUGGGCAAAGGGGCUCGUCCCUGCCUACGAAAACUCCUCCGACCUGCCAGGGAAAAGGACUACUGUUGUGUAA